AUGCACCACCUACCAUCGCCCUUCCUCUCACUGAGCACAUCCUUCCGCCGCUCUCGCGACUCCAAAUCAAGCGCGACCUCAAGCCCACCAAGCUCAACGACCACAUCGCCACCCUCGUCGCCAACCUCCCUCCGACACUCGCCGCUACACAGCUCCCCCCACCACCUCUUCAACCUCUCCUUCCACCCCUCAAAAAGCCACACACACACCUUUCGCGAUCAGCAGGAUGAGAGAUCACCAACCCACACUUCGCACCCACACCCCACCACCGACAUCCUGCUCCACAAUGCAGCCCACACCACCGUCAGCGUCCUGCCCUGCGCCGUCCUACGGGGUCGUUCGUCAGUGAUGGUAGUCCGCCGCAGACCCUCCGCCAUCGAUAUGGCGCUGAGCGAGGAGCGGUCGCGGUGUGACGGGGAUUCCAUUGAGAGGCAGGGGUUGGGGUUGAUGGAGCCAAGGCCGGUGGAUCUGCAGGGGCGGGUCGGGGAGGUGCAGCCCCGUUUCGUCAUGGGUGGCAUCUUUGAGGUUAUGGAAGGUCGUGCUUGA